CCCGCCCACCCUCCCUCCUCCCCUUCCCCUCUCCCCUCCAUCCUAGCCUCUCUCCCUCUCUCCUCGCCCGCUGGGUGCUGAAGUUGGGCGGAUGGCAGCAAACCCGCUCCGCUAGAGGACCGAGCAGCCCAGCCUCGCGCCCCCGGACCCAUCGGUGCGCUGCCCACACCUCCAGGCGACUGGCCAGUUGGGUACGAAAGUAGCUGAAAUGCGAAAGAGACAGCAAUCACAAAAUGAAGGAACACCUGCUGUGUCUCAAGGGCCUGGAAACCAGAGACCCAACAACACGUGUUGCUUCUGCUGGUGUUGUUGCUGCAGCUGCUCCUGCCUCACUGUUAGGAAUGAAGAAAGAGGGGAAAAUGCAGGAAGACCCACACAUACCACAAAAAUGGAGAGUAUCCAAGUCCUGGAGGAAUGCCAAAACCCCACUUCAGAUGAAGUCUUGUCCUGGUCUCAAAAUUUUGACAAGAUGAUGAAGGCCCCAGCAGGAAGAAACCUUUUCAGAGAGUUUCUCCGAACAGAAUACAGUGAAGAGAACCUACUUUUCUGGCUUGCCUGUGAAGACUUAAAGAAAGAGCAGAACAAAAAAGUAAUUGAAGAAAAGGCCAGAAUGAUCUAUGAAGAUUACAUUUCUAUACUAUCACCAAAAGAGGUCAGUCUCGAUUCUCGAGUUAGAGAGGUGAUCAAUAGAAAUCUGUUGGAUCCUAAUCCUCACAUGUAUGAAGAUGCCCAACUUCAGAUAUAUACCUUAAUGCACAGAGAUUCUUUUCCAAGGUUUUUGAACUCUCAAAUUUAUAAGUCCUUUGUUGAAAGUACUGCCAACUCUGCUUCUGAAUCUUAAUUUUCAUUAAAAAAAAAUCAUUUUGGAGGGCUGGGCUGGGAAAUAAAAGUAAUUAAAUAACACCAGAAACUGAGUUCCUGGAGAACUACAGUUUAGCAUUCCUCAGGCUACUGUGAAAAUACAACCAUAUGGUCUUUGUCUCCAUUUUUAUCAAGGUUAUCCUGGUUAAGUUUGGAGAAAACACCACAGAAAAACAAUGAAUUGCCAAAUUAAGUUUGUUUUAUUCAACACUCAUUCUACUUGCAAGCAAACUGUAUUUGUAGUCCUAUGAACAGUCUCCUAGUGUAUCCCGAGACUGCAUGUGCAAAGUAAAACUGCUUCAUUUGCCAUGUAGCUGUUGUAAUAUUUAAUCCAAUGGCAUACCUUUUAUCUGUAUUUAAAGACUUUUGUGCAAUAUGGUCUUAUAGAAAUAGUUGCCAAAAAAAUUGGCUUUGGUUUGCAUUUUUAAAUAUAGUCUAAGACAGAAAAAGCCAAUUUUUAAGUUGUAACAAUGGUAUUCAACAUGCUAUAUACUGUGUUCAGUACACUCAUUUUGAAGCCAAUAUUUCUGUACAUGGAAAAAGAGCUCUUUAUCUCUGUUUGUUGGGAAAUCCUACUGGGGGAUUCCUCUGCUUGUUCACUGCCAAAACUGUGGCAUUUUCUUUACAGAAUAGUUUGCUAUGUAAAAAAACAAAAACAACAAAUAAUAAGAAGAAGAAAAGAGAAAAAAAGCACAAAACAAUUUGAAGAUAUUCUAUCUCAAUGACAAAUCAAAGAGUGAUAACUGUUUUUAAUUGUAAUAGAAGAAAAUCUAUGUAUAUAUCAGAUGUCCAAUACUGUAAUUAAUUUAUUAAAGACUGGCUCUCCAGUUCUAAAACGGUUGUGUAAAGUAUGUACUUUAGCAAGAAAAAAAUACUAAGCUCGAUAACUUAGUUUUGGAAUAUAAAAAAAAAGGAUUUAAUAAAGGAAUGCCUAAAUGUAGCAUCAUAAAACAUUUUGAUGAAUAGCAUCUGUCCUGUGGCAUAUUUUCCUUGAAAGCAAAAUCCAAUGAAAAGCUAAGUUUUUAGCCAAGAGAAGUUUUGUAAGGGUUAUGAAGAAGAUAAUUCUCUACUUCAGACCUUAACUGUUUUUCAUAGUAUCUUCAGAAUGACUUAUUUUAAAAAUGUUAAAACCAAACUAUUAAUACUCAUCCAUAAUUGAAAGGCAGUACAGUGCUCAAAUCUUCUAGCUGCCAUAUUAUUUUUUAUAAGUACCACUAAAUCUUUAAGACAGAAUACUUGCCUGAUAUUGGCAUGUUCUUUUGACAUUCAAGAAAACAGUAUCCUAUCACGUGCACACACAGAAAAGUCAGUGUCAUAUUUAUAUCAAGGUGUUACAUUUGAAUAUUAAUAUCCCCUGGAGGCUAUUUUUUUAACUUAAACUUAAUAAAUAUAGUAUUGAGUCACCUAAAGGGAAAGUUUUAAAAAUAUUUAUAUCCACUGAGAAUACUGGCCUUAUAUUAAGGAUGAUAUUAAAAUUAUGGGUUUUGUCAUUUUUUAACUACCUCUCAUUUUUAAUUUAUUAAACAUUUUUAAAAUAAACAAGUUUGGGGUUUUCUUUUUAAAAUUUAUUUUACUUGAAAGGUUGGCAUCAUAAGUUUCUUUUUCCAUAAAACUUAAGACAUUUCAAGAAUUGUUUUUUUUAAGUGAAUUUGAUUUUCUAAUUUAUAUAGAAUUCAGGAGAUAUGGUUAAAAGGGCUAUUAUCUAUUCCCUAUGCAAAUAUUUUAGCUGUUGCAGUGUUUGACAAAAUGGGAUUAAAAAAAGUUUGCAGAGUUAGAAAACAAAAUGUUCUGUUUACACUGGCGUUGCUGACUAUCCUACCAUAUUCAGCACUUUUAAAUACAUUAUUUAUGAAAAUGUAGUUAGAAUACAAGAUAGAAAAUAUUUGUAAUAAUCCUUUCUUUUAAUAAAUGCCUGUUUUUGUCUGAAAGUGUUAGUGUGUUAAGAUAUACUUUAUCCAUGUCGAUUAGAUAUUUCCUAUUUGAAUAAUAGCUUUCAGUAAUAUGUUGAAAAAAAGAUAGCUAUGAAGAUGUUUACAAAAAGUCCUAUUUUUUUCCGAAAGAGUGAAGAAAAACCUACAAGAAUCAUCACUUCUAUUGUGAAGUUCUAUUGUUCCUAAAUUAUUUAAUUUUUUCUUGAGUAGAAUUGAGUUUAUUAUGCUCCUAUGAUGUAUUCACAUACAUGUUGUAAUAUCAUACUUGUUGCUAUGUUUGAGGCACAAUAAAUUGGUGCACAUGACCAGAAAAUAUGUAAUAUACUAUGAUACACUGCAUGCAUCAAUCUUUUUACAUGUAGACUUUAUAUUCUUGUUGUUACUAUAUAUGAUGGUGACCUGCUAGCCAUAAGUUAUCUUUAUAAGAUACUUUGGACUAUUAGAUGAAUUGUCUGUUUGACAAUACCUUUAAUAUUUUACCAAAUGUAAAAGAUAAGGGCCCUUAUAAAGAGUCCUAAUCUCUAACCUGGGCAUUCGUAGAAUAUAGACUUUGAAGUUAGUAUAUCCUUUUGAGGCAUGAUUCGGAAGUUGGGUUGAGAAUUAUUCUAGAGCAGAUUUACACAUCGGAUGUUGGCAGCCAUGUUAUGUGAGCAUUUCUGCGCUGAAUUCCUACUGGGGGGAGGGGGAGGUUUCUCAUUUAAUUUCAAAAUGUUUGAAGUUUCUAUCUACGAGUAUGUGUGUAUAUUUGCAACUCUACCAAUUUUUAAAGUAUGGUGUAACUCCUUCUGUUUCAAUUACAGAGCUUUAAUAAACAAAAAGCCCUCAACUGGUCUCUCUGCCACCAUUCCAAGAGCACAAUAUUUGUUAUGACAAAAUUAGAAUCUGAUUUUUCCUAGUGAUUAUAUUCCUCCCUGGGGACAAAUUAGCACUUUAGAAGGUACACUUUGUGUUUUAGAUUGUCAGGAUAUCUUUGUGUACUGUUAGAAUCUGCUAAUGCACACAGGAAGAGAUUAAUGCUCUUUCUAUAGUGCUUAAAUUCAGAUGUGUCUAUCAUGGAAAGAAAAGUGAAGGAUAUAGAUUAUAUAUAAAUGUAUAUAACUAAAUUGGAGAGCCAGAUUUCUUCAGAGAUGGAUCUUAUACAUAGGUCACACUGAUAAUGGAUGGAUGAUGCUUCUUCUUCUUUAUUCUGGAUAAUUGUUAUUAUGUUACCCAAAGGUAAUACAGAUGUUCCAACAGUGUUAUAGGGCAGCUCUAAGCACAAUGGGUGCACUGGCAUAUGAACAAAAAUAGCAAAACUCAAUUUUGGUAUCAAUGUUAUGGAGUGCAAAAAUCAAGACCAUAAUGUGGUCUUUUUAAAAAAAAAAAAAAAGUCUUAAAAUAUGUACAUAGGAUGACCAGUUCUGAUAUUUGGUCAUGGUGCAUGGGGUGUUUAUUAGUAUCCUUCAAUGCUGCCUAGGUUCUUACUUACAGAAUGAAAUGCAUAUCAUGUAUUUACCUGUUAGUUCAGUUUUGCAAAAGGACUAUAGAAGUAGGUAAAUAAUGUUUCUAUAUUAGGGGCAAAAACACAUUUUCACCCCAUUAAGCUGACUUAAAAUAAUACCUGAUUCUUAACCUUGGACAUAUCCAUUUUUUCUAUACACUUUUAACAUACUGAAAAAAUGUCAUAUCGUAAUUGUGACAAGUUACAUUUGCAAAAAAUACAUGUCAGAUGCUUUGAGGAAUAAAUACAGAAGGAAGAAAUUUUAAAUACAAUCAGAAAAUAGGAAAAUAAGAACUCUUUCAAAAGCCACCUAAAACUUCUUAGGUCUAAAAUGCCUAUAGAUAGAACCCUAUCAAAAAUGAAUUUUAAAAACUUUGCUCUGGAUACAAUGGCAUAUUACUUUGAAAGGUGGUAAAGACCGUUCCACAAAACUUUCUUGCCUGUGUUUUUAUAUUGACAGCUGCUGACCCUAUUUUUCAAAAUAUAUUAUGCAAACAUUUAUAUUUGCAUGCUUUUUUCAGUUCUUUUUAAAUUUCUGACCGAUAUAAAAUGCUUGUUCUCCUGAGAAAACAGUAUUAAAUCUGUAAAAGUUUUAGUUAUUCCUCACUUGUUACAACUGCAAAUAUUUAUCAAUAAAACUGAUACCAAAAACUUGGCUUCUGAUCUUCCCUGCAACGUUC